GGCCAGCCAUUACUAUAUCAAAUACGACACGAUUAUGAAGUUUAACGAAUUGAUCAGCGAUAUGAUGGACGAGAGGGCCAUCUUUGCCAUGAUUGCCACCGCUCAGGAGUUCGACCAAUUGAAGUCACGUGAGGACGAGUUCGAAGAGUUGGAGGACCUGUUGCGGCACGAGUGCCAACUCGGCGUUCCCGGCGGUGUGGAGAACAAGAACGGCAAAGUGAAUAUUCUAAUGCAAUCACAACUAUCACGGGCUAAGAUCGACAGCUUCUCACUCGUGUCCGAUACCAUGUUUGUGAUGCAGAACGUGAACCGUAUAGCCAGAGGUCUGUUCGACUACGUGGUGAAAAAGGGUUGGGCGCUGUUGGCAGAGCACCUGUUGCGGCUGUCGCUGAUGUUUGAGCGCCGCCAAUGGGCUUACGAGACACCGUUGCGACAGUUUGGCAACGAGAUCAGCUUCGAGGUGAUGUGCAAACUGGAGCGCCUGAAGCCCCCGCUCACCAUUGAGCUCAUCAAACAGAUGACGGCCGACGACUUGGGCCGACUCGUGCGCCACACGUCGUACGGCUCGAUACUGAAGCGAUUGGCCGACACGUUGCCGUCGGUGGCGGUCGAGGCGUGCAUUAAGCCCAUCACCCGUACAGUGCUGAUGGUGGAGGCGAUGAUUAAGCCGACGUUCCGCUGGGAUGACCGCCAUCACGGCAAAGGUAUGUGCGCUGAGAACCUAAACCUAGGCAACGGCCACUGUCGCGAGUUGUUAGGCGAUAUGCUCAGAAACGACAACAAAAGCAAAGCCGAGACACAGUUCUUCCGAUUCCUCUUCACUAAUGACUCCUCUAUUGGUUUUAAUUGCAAUUAUUUUAAUCCUAUUUAUCAGGGACUGAAGACACCAUCAGUGGCCACAACACUCACACCAACAACAACAUCACAGCCAGACAUCACUGGUCUGUCAGUGUCUGUGAGUGUACUGUCGGCCACAACAGCAACGCAUCCCAUAUCACCGCCGGUGAUGAAGACUCAGCCGCAGUGGACGGGCGGCCGAGUGUCUGACUAUAUCCGUACGUAUGGCAACAUUUCGCGGCCGCCCAACGAGUUCGACGAGUGCGACGACCGCCAGUUCUAUCGUCUUCAGCGCCACCGAGUGCUACAACAGACUCAACGCAAUUCACUCGCCCACUGGCCGGACGUCAGGGACUGUUUCACCGACGGCUUGCGCGCCGCCCGCCGGACGGGCGAUCACCGCAGGGAUCACGUGUCGGACAAAGAGUGUCAGGAUCUGCUGCGCCGAGCGCUGGACAUCGGGCGCGAGUUUGUCGGCAUCGGUGCGGCCAUGGAUUUGGUGGAGUCGGCGGCGGUCUAUGUGUUGCAAGUGUUUCACGACGCGAAGUAUAUGAAGUCGACGCCCGGCGUCACCGCACAACAGGUCCACGAGUUGGUCACGAUGUUUGGCGAGGAAGAGGUGAACACACAGCUGGUGAACGGCGCCUACGAGUGCGCCAAGACGUUGCUCGACCUGAUGGACACGGAGGACAGGGAGCGGCUGUUUAUGCCGUUCCGGUCGCGGCCGCAGUUCAACGGCCGCCGAUCGCUGGACGGCUAUAACGUGGCCAACAAUGGCGGCACCGGUGACGACAUAUACGACCCGUUGGCCCGGUAUAAGGACGUGGAGGAGUGGAGUGACUAUAAGUACAAAGAUCUCGAUAUCGAUCCGUUCAAAGAGCGCUACACGUUUGAGGAGAUGUGUGCGAUUGUCCCGCGUAUGCCCUUCACUCGCGCCGCCGACCGCUCGGCCGCCGAACGCAACGAUAAGCCCAAAGGGUAUGAACUGUCGUUUCAGUACAAAAACACCGCCAAUGAGUGCCAACAGAAGUCACAGAUGGCUAGUCAGGGAUCCGUUAAGAAGCCCGUAAAGUACGUGAAGUACAGCGAGUAUAUGUCGGCCAACACUACGGCUAACACCGCCGCUACUCAACGGGAGUCAGACGUCUAUGACGUGGAAUGGCUUAAUCGGGAGCUAAACAAGUAUAUCGACAACUAUUUCCAGAAGAAUAGCGAACAGUUCUAUAUGAAUAUCGAAACACUGGCCGACACUGUCAUGGAUUGGGUCCAAUCGGAUGGCAAAUCGGACGAAGAGUUGGCCGGAGAUCUGCACAGCCUUCUCGGCGACGACUGUUUGCCACUCAUUGAGAAACUCGUGAAAUACAGGCAACGAGUGAAGGAGUCUUACAAACAGGUGUAUUGCGACCAAAUGGGUGGCUCAGCCGACACCACAGCCAACACCGACCAAUCGCACGGCCCGAGAGGUUGGUCUCAGUUGACACGGGAUAAGGCGCUGGCGGUUCACGUGCCGCGCGAGAGGGGACCGGCGAUCGCCCCGUCAGUAGUCGUCCAGACGUCGGAAGAGAAGAAUCUGAAGAAACAGAUGCGAAAACUGGAGAAAAAGCUUAACAAAGAGCUGUACAGAGAGGGCGAGGAACAGGUGUCGCCGGCGGCGCCGUCACCAUCGAAGACAUUGAGCGCAUGA